UAUCCUAAAGGUCGUGGCCGCAGUAACUGCACAUGAAAUGGCUGACGUAACGACAAUGCUGGUGGACUUCAGUGCGUAUAAUUUACAAAGGGAUUCGCCAGAUUCGAAUUGUUUUCAGAAGCUCGUAGACGAUGUAUAUCUUGCUUUGACCACCACAGGAUUUCUUUACCUAACAAAUCACGGAAUCCCCCCCGAUGUAAUUAAUAAUGCUUUCCAGCAGUCAAUGGCAUUUUUCGCAUUACAAGAUGAAAUUAAAAUGAAGUAUACAAAAUCUGAUCACAGUAACCAAGGUUAUGUGCAAACAGAAAGAGAAUCAUUAAAUCCAGAGAAAAGACCCGGAGAUUACAAGGAAUUUUACAAUUAUGUUCCAAAAAUCUAUGCUUCUGAAACAGAGGAUCAUUUAUUACCAGACAUUGAAUUGCCUGAAUUUAAAUCAUCCAUGUCAUGUUUGUAUCAUAAAUGCAGUGAACUCGGAAAUCGAAUCUUGGAAGUCAUGGCUCGAGCAUUAAAACUUGAAGAUCCUCUAUUAUUUGUUAAAGCACAUCAAGGCAUUGGUGGUUCAGACAAUGAUACGACAAUAAGAGCAAACUGGUACCCACCCAUCUCGGACAAUGUCCAAAUCAAACCUAACCAGAUACGAUGUGGAGAACACUCAGAUUAUGGGUCUAUAACGCUUUUAUUCCAAGAUAACAUUGAGGGACUUCAGGUUCAAUGUCAAGAUGGCAGUUUUGUUGAUGUUCCACCUAUAGAGGGCAGUAUAGUUAUGAAUGUAGCAGACAUUAUGCAAAGAUGGACAGCUGAUAAAUUCAUUUCUACUAUCCAUCGAGUUAUAAUGCCAAAGACAGAAGAGUUGAAGCGAUCACAUCGCCAAUCUCUGGCCUACUUCUCACAUCCGGAUAAUUCAUUUGUUGUCAAGUGUGUUGAUGGUAGUGACAAGUAUCCACCAAUCACAAAUGAUGUUUACCUUAAACAGAGAUUUAACGCAACAUACAAGUAUUGAUGUCUGUAUAACAGUUGACCAUAUUUGGGCAUCCUUGAAUAAUUUCUGUCACUGUUGACUAUAUUUAGGCAUCCAUAAAUAAUUUCUGUAAUCUUUGUCCAUAUUUAGGUAUCCAUGAAUAAUUUCUGUAACUGUUGUCCAUAUUUGGCUUCCAUGAAUAUUUUCUGUAAUUUUGCCAAUAUUUAGGCAUCCAUGAAUAAUUUAUGUAAUUUUUGACCAUAUUUGGGCAUCCAUGAAUAAUUUCUGGAACUGUUGACCAUUUUUGGGGUAUCCAUGAAUAAUUUCUGUAACUGUUGUCCAUAUUUGGCUUCCAUGAAUAUUUUCUGUAAUUUUGACUAUAUUUAGGCAUUCAUGAAUAAUUUAUUUAACUGUAUUGACUAUAUUUGACUACAUUAUGAUAAAUGUUUUGGAUUUCCCCUAAGAACCUCAUUUUAUAAGGUUCAAUGAUAAUUCAAGGCAUGUGACAAUGGAUGUUAAUAUACCAGUACUUCAACAAACAAGUUGGACACAAAACCAUUACCCCCAAAAAAUUACAAAUCAACAUGCAUGUAUUUAUUAGCACUCAGAAGAAGAUGCAAAUUAUGUUUAACCUCAAAUUUCAUUCUCACAGAAUCCCUACCAUGGGGUUUACAAGAAGAUAAUAAACUCACCUCAGCAAGAAAAAACUAUUCGAUGUAUUUUCCAUAUUAUAUAAUACAAUAUUUUACUAUAUCAAAUAAAUAUUACAUAUUAUUAUACAUCU